CUUCUCGAACUCACCUCACACUCUCUCCGUGUCUGUCUCUAUUCCGGCGAACGUUAUCAAAAUCUUCCCGUUUCGGCGGAGGUAGGUGGUUUCCGGCGAGUAUGGGUGCGACUCUGCUGCCGGAGCUUGCGACGGAGAUAGUGAUCCCGGUGUGCGCCGUCGUAGGGAUCGUCUUCUCGUUGGUGCAGUGGUUCCUGGUUUCGCGCGUCAAGCUUACAUCUGAGACGUCGUCGUCGCCGCGCAACAACAAGAACGGUUACGGCGCCGAGUACCUGAUUGAGGAGGAAGAAGGCAUCAAUGACCACAGCGUCGUCGCCAAAUGCGCUGAGAUACAGAACGCCAUCUCUGAAGGUGCGUCGUCCUUUCUUUUCACUGAAUAUCAAUAUGUGGGGGUCUUCAUGGUUGCUUUUGCAAUCCUGAUCUUCCUUUUCCUGGGCUCUGUGGAAGGCUUCAGUACUAAGGGCCAGCCCUGCACAUAUGAUAAGAGCAAGCUUUGCAAGCCAGCCCUUGCAACUGCAUUGUUUAGCACUGUGUCUUUCGUGCUUGGUGCUAUCACUUCAGUCAUAUCUGGUUACCUUGGGAUGAAAAUUGCAACUUAUGCCAAUGCGAGGACAACCUUGGAAGCUAGAAAGGGAGUUGGAAAGGCUUUUAUCACUGCAUUCAGGUCUGGUGCAGUGAUGGGUUUCCUUCUUGCAGCAAAUGGUCUUUUGGUGCUCUACAUUACUAUCAAUCUCUUCAAGCUUUAUUAUGGAGAUGAUUGGGCAGGUCUUUUUGAGGCUAUCACUGGCUACGGUUUGGGUGGAUCUUCCAUGGCUCUGUUUGGGAGAGUUGGUGGUGGUAUCUAUACCAAGGCUGCUGAUGUUGGUGCUGAUCUGGUUGGAAAAGUUGAAAGAAAUAUCCCUGAGGAUGAUCCAAGAAACCCAGCUGUCAUUGCAGACAAUGUUGGUGAUAAUGUUGGAGAUAUUGCUGGGAUGGGUUCUGACCUUUUUGGCUCAUAUGCUGAAUCUUCUUGUGCUGCCCUAGUUGUCGCUUCCAUUUCCUCAUUUGGAAUCAACCAUGAUUUCACCGCGAUGUUAUAUCCCCUUCUCAUCAGUUCUAUGGGCAUUCUUGUCUGUUUGAUUACUACUCUCUUUGCAACUGAUUUCUUUGAGAUCAAGGCUGUCAAGGAAAUUGAACCAGCAUUGAAAAAUCAGCUUAUCAUCUCCACAGCACUCAUGACUGUUGGAAUUGCAAUUGUUAGUUGGGUUGCUCUGCCAUCAACCUUCACAAUUUUCAACUUUGGGGUUCAGAAGGAAGUAAAGAACUGGCAACUGUUCCUCUGUGUCGCUGUUGGUCUCUGGGCUGGACUUAUUAUUGGGUUUGUUACUGAAUAUUAUACAAGCAAUGCUUACAGCCCCGUACAAGAUGUUGCUGAUUCUUGCCGGACUGGGGCUGCAACCAAUGUCAUCUUUGGCCUUGCUCUGGGAUACAAGUCUGUUAUUAUUCCUAUUUUUGCCAUUGCAAUCAGCAUUUUUGUGAGUUUUUCUUUUGCUGCAAUGUAUGGCAUUGCUGUGGCUGCCCUUGGGAUGUUGAGCACCAUUGCGACUGGGUUGGCUAUUGAUGCUUAUGGGCCUAUCAGUGACAAUGCGGGAGGUAUUGCUGAGAUGGCCGGCAUGAGCCAUCGUAUCCGUGAGAGAACUGAUGCCCUUGAUGCUGCUGGAAACACCACUGCUGCCAUUGGCAAGGGAUUUGCUAUUGGGUCUGCUGCGCUGGUGUCUUUGGCCCUAUUUGGUGCUUUUGUCAGCAGGGCUGGAAUUUCAACUGUUGAUGUCCUGACUCCCAAGGUCUUCAUUGGACUUAUUGUUGGUGCCAUGCUUCCUUACUGGUUUUCUGCCAUGACCAUGAAGAGUGUAGGAAGUGCAGCUUUGAAGAUGGUUGAGGAGGUUCGUAGGCAGUUCAACACCAUCCCUGGAAUCAUGGAGGGUACCGCUAAGCCUGAUUAUGCUACCUGCGUCAAGAUUUCUACCGAUGCAUCCAUCAAGGAGAUGAUUCCUCCAGGUGCUCUUGUCAUGCUCACUCCACUCAUUGUUGGUAUCUUCUUUGGUGUGGAAACGCUUUCUGGUGUUCUUGCUGGUUCUCUUGUUUCUGGCGUGCAGAUCGCAAUAUCAGCAUCCAACACUGGUGGUGCCUGGGAUAAUGCUAAGAAGUACAUUGAGGCUGGUGCAUCUGAGCAUGCAAGGACCUUGGGCCCAAAGGGGUCUGACCCACACAAGGCAGCUGUUAUUGGUGACACCAUUGGAGACCCUCUUAAGGAUACUUCUGGCCCUUCACUCAACAUCCUUAUUAAGCUCAUGGCGGUUGAGUCACUUGUUUUUGCCCCAUUUUUCGCAACUCAUGGUGGCCUGCUUUUCAAGAUCUGAGGGAUUGAGACACACUAGGGGUAGAGGUCUCAUUCGUUUAAACUUAUAUUUUGGUUGGAGCUUCAGGCAUUUUUCUUUAUUCCAAUACCUCCAACUUUUUAGGUAGUUUUUCAAUCAUCAGAACUGGAAAUUUGUUGCAGAAUUUAGGUUUUUGUUUCACCAAAAUUUAGUCUUUGGAAUUUUGCGUGUUCGAUGUCUUGGAAAACUGAGUUGCAUCAAUUGAAUUUUCCGAAAUUACCUCAACUGUGAACCGUCUGCAUUGGCUGAUAGAAUUGUUAUGGAUCGUUCUUUGAUAUGUAGCUUAAUUUGAACUA